AUGUCUAAUGAUACCGUUACUAGUACCUAUUUUCAAUUCUAUACCAUAUUUUCGGUUUUGGGCUUUGUUUUGACCAUAUUCGGUUUUGCUGCCAAUUUAAUUCUCUCCUAUGUAUUCAUAACCGAUAAAAACUUUCACAAAGUAACUUAUUGCUUAAUAUUAAUCUGCGUUUUAUCCGAUUCUAUCUCUAAUAUAGCUUUAUUUUUCGGAUAUACUGUAAUGCUAGGAAAACUAGCGAAUUAUGAAUCAGGAACUGUGAUUUGCAAAUUAGUGCUAUUUAUUGUCUUCUCUUCCUAUGGUAUUUCAUUUAUGAACUUAGCUUUGAUUGCUGUCGAUCGCUAUUUUGCUGUUGUCCGACCAUUAGCACUAUUCUAUCGCAUUUACAAGAAACGGAUUCUUAUUACUAGUGAAUUGUCAAUAUUCUUUAUUGUAGCUGUAAUAGGGAUACUAGGAAAUUCUCAAAUAGGUGUUCGCCAAGAAGAUACUCGUUUGUGUGAUAAUCUUAAUGUUACCAAUUAUAACACUAUAAUCAUGGUGACAUCGACAGUAAUACGCUUUAUCAUUCCAUCGACGAUCAUUAUUUUCUUUUACUGGCGAAUUAUCGUUCAUCAACGUCAUUACGUUAGACCUGGACAACUUACUGCCAAUCAACAAGACGAAGAACUCAAGAAGCGUAAACAUAUACAAGCUUUACUUAGUAUUUCAGCUUUCAACGUUCUGAAUACGUGGCCCUUUUCUGUUAUUUAUCUCAUACAAGCCAUUAUACAAAAAUCAACAUAUCAAAUUCGAAAAGAGAGUCCUGUUUUCUUUUUCUUAAGUCUUUUAUCCUUGUCACUCAUUAGCAAUAUGACCGUUUUAAAUCCGUUUAUUUACUUGAAAUUUGAUAAAAAUGUUCGUGCUAGUGUUCAUAGAAUCUUUAAAAGGGCUCGAUCUCUAACUUACUCUGAACUGCGAUGUCCAAGUCAAGUCUAUUUUGGCAAUGAAACAAUUAAGAGCCAUUGCACUAGGAAUGUUAUCGCAAUGUUAGAGAAGUUAUGCAUAUUCAUGUCAAUGUUAGCGUAUAUAAAUGAGGCGCUUUUACUAUCUGGAGGAGUCGAAAAGAAAGGAAAUUUAUCUGUUGUUGUUGGCUCAGCAGAAAUUUUGCAAGCUUCCGUAAAUUCGAAAAGAUCAAACUGA